CACAUCUCAAACACCACUCAACCACUCAUUCACUGAAUGCGUAUUCAAGGCAUCAGUCGUUGAGAAACCAAUCAUUAAGUGAUUAAUUAAAGCAUACAUUCAUUGUCACCGCAAUCACCGCAACCUCUUGUGUCCACACCAUUGCUCACCCAUUCAUCGCACGCUGAACGCCACCAGAGGCUGACAUCUGCCACAACACCCACUGACACAUCACCGCCACAGAGACGACCUCCAGAUAUCAUAUAUAGUCUACUGAUCGGCACACGUAACCAAUUAUGACGAGACCGCCGACUCAUGAGGACACGACUGUCCGCACGACACCACCCGCCCAGACGGUGGUCGACAUAUCGCGUCUCUUUGACAACAAUCGUAUUGACCAGAACUUGGAUUUAUUGCCAUUCGUGUGGAUCUUAAUGUACUUCCCGUUCGGGUUGUGUCUCUUCACUGUCCGUCUGUUCAUUGGUUUACACGCUCUGCUCAUCGCAUCGGUUCUGCCCAAGAAGUCGUCCAUCAGAUGUUUUAUUUUGCGGACAAUGUGUGCGGUGUUGGGGAUUGUCAUCAAAGAGGAGAACGCGUCCAUUGAUGUGAAAUCCAAGACACGACUCAUAGUCAGCAAUCACAUAACGAAGAUAGACCACUUGGCCGUCGAUCUGGUGAUGCCGUGCAUUGUUCCCGGAGUCUGGGAUUUGCCGAAACUCCUCAACUGGGGCUUAGGUUUCCACGACUUCGGCGUCAAACAGGGCCGGGAUGUGCUCAUCGAGAACGUCAAACUGCACCUCAGCUCCGAACGGAAAGACAUUCCGCUGCUGUCCUACCCGGAGGGCGCCACCACUAACGGCCGGGUGGGUCUCCUCAAGUUCAGCAGUUGGCUGUUCACACUGGACGCCAAAAUACAACCCAUUUAUAUAAGCGUGUGGAGGCCGGCGCCCAUCAACGUGUCGGUAUCCGUAGUGGACAGUCGCUGGUGGUCUGACCUCUUCUGGUUCUUAUUCGUUCCCUUCUCUGUCUUCACAAUCAAAUAUUUAUCGGUCGUUGAGAAGAAUUACGGCGAAUCUGCCGAAGAUUUUGCCAAAAGAGUGCAGACAUUGAUGGCCACAGAGAUGAGAGUCUGUGCCACGAGUUAUACGAAUGCAGACAAAGUAGAGUACAUGAAAAGGCUGUUACAGACGACACAUCCGCGAACUGUUGCCCAAAAUGCCGCAAAUAACAGACAAAGUACGCCGAGAAUAAGAGCGGCUAACAGUCCGUCGAGUCCAUCGAUGGCCACGAGAGCGUCGGCGGCCGUCGAGACAAUGGCGCUCAGAGUGAAGGAGGUGUUACCUCAAGUGCCCAUAAGUGUCAUCCAGAAAGACAUUAAAGUGACGACAAAUGUGGACGAGACGAUCACUCGUCUGUUAGACGGGACAGUGAAAUAUGUGGAGGAAAAGCCGGCGCCCCCUCCAGAAGCACAAUCGUCUACCGGUGCCCAGUCGUCGUCCGGGGCGUCGACACCUAAUAAUAGUUACAUAUCGACCGAAAGUAUGAAACCUUUCUAUUGCGGGUCGAAGACGUUCGGGAAGAACGCCUCCGAGCGAACCAAGUCUUAUAAGGAGCGCAAAGAAGCGCUCCUACAGACCGCUCGGCACAGGUAUCUCGAAAGGCGUGGCUUGAAUGCCGGCGCCGACAAAUGAGACAAUUUUUUCAGUGUAUAUAAUAAGGACUUACAAAAUGAUAUAACAAAUAAUAACGAAUCUUUUGAUUACUUUUUAUCUUUCGAUAAGUUUUUCGCUCAAAAAUCGCGUAUUUUUCCCCUUAAAAUAGAUUCGCAUUUAUAAUGACUUGAGUUUCAUGUCAAUUUAUGAGAGU